UGGGCCGGCCCGGCUACGCGCGGGCAGCGGCGGCGGCGGCGGUGGCGGCCCAAGAUGGCGGAGCUGCAGCUGGACCCGUCCGUGGCGGGGCUGGGAGGGGGUGGUGGGAGUGGUGUGGGCGACGGGGCCGGCCCGGGCCGCGGUCCCCCCAGCCCGCGCCCGGCUGGACCUAUGCCCCGCGGGCACGGCCGCCCGUCUGCCGCUGUCGCGCAGCCGCUGGAGCCGGGUCCCGGACCGCCCGAGCGGGCAGGGGGCGGCGGCGCGGCCCGCUGGGUUCGGCUGAACGUGGGCGGCACCUACUUCGUGACCACCAGACAGACUCUAGGCCGGGAACCCAAGUCUUUCCUCUGCCGCCUCUGCUGCCAGGAGGACCCGGAGCUGGAUUCAGACAAGGAUGAGACAGGGGCGUAUCUGAUUGACAGGGACCCCACCUACUUUGGUCCUAUCCUAAACUACCUCCGCCAUGGGAAACUCAUCAUUACUAAGGAGCUGGCAGAAGAAGGUGUACUGGAAGAAGCAGAGUUUUACAACAUCGCGUCUCUUGUGCGACUGGUUAAGGAAAGAAUACGAGACAAUGAGAACCGAACUUCACAAGGCCCUGUGAAGCACGUGUACAGAGUCCUGCAGUGUCAAGAAGAGGAGCUCACACAGAUGGUCUCCACUAUGUCUGACGGUUGGAAAUUUGAACAGCUGAUCAGCAUUGGGUCUUCCUAUAACUAUGGAAAUGAGGACCAGGCAGAAUUCCUCUGUGUCGUCUCCAGAGAACUAAAUAAUUCUACCAAUGGCAUUGUCAUAGAGCCCAGUGAAAAGGCAAAGAUUCUUCAGGAGAGAGGAUCACGGAUGUAAACUAAGAAUCCGAAACACCAGAAUCCUAAACGUCAAGAGAGCAGUCCAGCAGAACGCGUCUGUGAAGUUCCAUCUCACUCUUGUACAGUAACUGAGCUGCUGCAAAGCAGAGCGGAGCCUGGCCCCCGAGUGGAGUAGUGUUCCAGUUAAAACCAAAGGAAUCCCACCCCCACCCACAGGACUCCAAAGACAGAUACACUUCUGGCUGCAGAAUCCUUUUUCAGAAACUCGCUUUUAUUCCUCAGCCUAUUGUAACAGGUCUUUGCAACAGCAGCUGGACCAGGUUCUCAGUUGGAGCCUUUUGGGGAUCUGGGAGAAGUGGGAGAGUGGCCUAGCUCCUUGGAAUGGCCUGUACUUCAAGGAACCUGGAGCAAAGGAAGGGUGUCCCUGAGCUGUGCCAUGGUUCCACCCUAGUGUGCCACAUGGGACAUUAGCAGUCUCUUCUUAGAACACUGUCUUUUCUUCCGUCUUCUCAGCCUCACGAUCGUGCAGCAGAUGCAGAGGGUUCUAGCUGCAUCUUACUGAAUUGAGGUUUGGGGUAAAGCAUAGAGUUGCCAGAGUGCCCAUGUUCCUAUGAGCAGAGCCUCUGUGAGGGGAGGGAAGAUGAGGUGUCCUUUGCUGUGGUUGGAGGUUGGUGACUACUGCUCUAGAUUCAGAGCACCCAGCUGCCACCAUGUGGAGCUUUGCCUCAGUUGUCUCCAGCAGGCAGGACCCUCUGGCAACCUCCCAAGGGGAGGUUUGAGACAGGCAGCAUCCUGGGCUGAAUCAGACAGACGGGAGCGUGAGGUAGUUGCUAUAACUGCAUCUGCAGCCUUUUCUUACCCUGCGUUCACCCUGUCUUCCUUCCCUGGCUUUUUAAACUGGACCAAAGAUGAAGGGACUUUGUGGACCUUCUGAUGGCUUGGGGUGGGGAAGGCUGUUCCUUUGAAAGUUGCCAAAUGUGUUAUGUUGUUAUAUCUAAGAGAGCUGUAAUUUCUGUGACUGUUCUUGGAAAUGCCUUGACUGAAUGUGCAAUAUUUGUGUCUUCUUGGUUUCUGGCCUUGGCACACCUGCCCCACAGUGGUGUCAGUGACUCUGCGGCAUCCCCAGUGGUGCACAUGCAUUUGCUGGGCAGUCUGGGACCCCCUGGGUCUCUCACCUGCCCUCACACUUAUUUCUUUUUGUAGAGUGCCAUGUUUUUGAGGGAUCAGUACUUGUUUGACAAGGAUGUAGCCAAGCCCUCCUCUGUCCUGUGACCGCAGAGCUUGUGUCUGCACUUUCUCUCUGAGGUUUUGAAUCUUGGUGAAUAGUUUUGGAAUGCAAAAGAGCCAGAGAACCCUUCCCCUAGAUAACCUUUACUGAUGUGGCAGUGGUAUGGAGAAGGGGGAGGUACCUCUGGGGAUUGCCCGGUCUCCAAAAGCCUCCUCAGGCCAAUCAUGCUGGGGCACAACUGAGGUUCUCUGUGCUCCACAGCUGGACUACUUACUAGGAGGGUCUAGGGUAGUAAUUUCUAGAAAUGACCAUAAGCUAUGCUGACCGUAGGCUUUCGAGCUUGUGACCUGACCCUGCCCAGAUGGCUUAACUUUUCUCUAGUAUUCUCACUCUUUUUCUUAUUUCUCUGUAUCUGUAGAGUAACAUAGAAUGUGUGUGUACAGGGCUUUCUGCUGAUACAUUAUGUCUACACACCACUGUAAGUAUACACGUUAGCACCUCAAAAGUCUGGCCUGUGCCCAGUAUUUUUACAGCUGUAAAAUGUUAGAUGAACUUCCACCUGCAGUAAAAGCAGCCACUGCUA